AUGACAACUACUGCACAAUCCUGCCGCAAUUUUCCGUCGCCAUCAUUGUGGGAAAAAUCCCAUGAAGAAUUUUCAUCAAAACAACAAGAUACUCUAUUUGCUGAUGAUGAAAAUCAUGAUUCACCAGAAGACAAUCCGACAAUUGAUGGUCAGGAUGAGUGUGAAUCAAGAUCAGAUACAACAUUACCUAUUGAAAUAGAACUGAAAAAUCUUAGCAUCGAAAAACAAUUUCAACCUUGGGAAACAUCAACAAACCAAGACUAUUUAAUGAUUAUAAUAAAUAAUGAAUGUACUGUUGAAGAAGUUAAGCAAAUCAUAAAAGGUGAUUUUUCAAAACAAGGUUUGAAAUGGGCAGAUGAAGAAGAAAACAUGCGUCAAUGGUAUUUUGGAUUGACGUCAAUACAGAUUCACUUUACUCACUCGCAAUCUAUUGAUAUUCCGAGGCUUUCGUUUUGUUCACGCAUUCCAUUUUGGAUGGCAUUACAGAAAGAAAAACAGCAACCUAAUUUCAAUAGGAAUCAGCUUAGAGGACCAAUUCGUCAUGAACUACAAUCAGAUUGCGAUGUUUCACUCAGCUAUGGUGCACUUAUUGAUGUAGAUCAAUUCUUUUAUUCACCAGAGCAGUCAUGGAAAAAUGAUGCGAAUUCGAGCUGGUCGAUUUUUAUGAAACAUAAACACAAUGAUGGCAGUUUUAUUCAAUGGCAGAUGGACGAUGCUAACAGAAAGCAAAACAAGCAGUUAUUAAUUUCUAAUAUUGAUCAUACAAUUAUUGUUACUUUACAUGAAGACGGUUUUGAUAUGUAUAUUUGCCAAAAAUGUAACAUGAAUGAAUUGAAAACUGAAACUGGAAUGAAUAACAAUAUUGGUUGUAAGCAUUGUAGAAAUGCAUCAUCUCGAGGUAGGCAUCAUCGGAGUAGAGAUGCUCCGAAAAAUUGCGAACAACAUCAAAGAUAUCAUCGAUCAAGUUCAAGGCCACGUAGUUCUCAACUUUUGGGUCCGAAACAGCAUGAACCUCGACAAAAUCAAAAAUAUAACUUCGAGCGAAUUGGUGUCAAAUCUGGUUGCUAUUUUUCUACUAUUCAAUUUAGUAUGCAUCGUAAUCCACUGCGGAUAGACAAAAAUAUUAACAAUCGAAUAAAACAAAUAUUUGCAUCACUGAUGGAAUUUUUCGUUUCGCAACGAAUAACUGUUUGUUAUGGAAAUAUUGUUCCAAAGCCAGGACCAAUUCCUUACUUAUUUUUUCAACCGCAAACACCUGAUUUCCCAUCGCUUAUCAUGAGAUAUUCAUGGCAAAUGCUUUCUAUCGUUGGAUACCGUUUACAAAUUCAAAUCGCGAACAGCAGUUUCAUCGCAGAAUUGCAUCGAUUAAGUGAAGAGCCACACAACCCUGAUGAAUUAUUUUAUCGUGUAUGUGUUUAUCUAUCACGUAUAUUGUCAUUGAAGCCAUUCGUGAGUAUAAAUCAAGAAUUGCAACACGCCAUCACUGAGUCGCGACAAAAACGAAAUAAUUGUGCGUAUGGUUUAAUUAGUAAAAUAGAUAUUAAAGUCGAGAAUGAAGCAUAUAUACCAUCGGUAACGUUAACACCAACCACAAUUCGCAUAAAACCAUUAAAACUAUGUCGAACGAAUCGUGUUCUUCGAGCUAUUGAACAGUUCGGUCAGCCACUUUAUCAUUUCGUUCUUGUUGAUAUUCGAGAUGAAAAUGGUCGACAUUUACAAUCAUACCAUUUUCGUCAUUUAAAGCAAAUUUUAAUUGAUUAUUUGAAAAAUGGUUUUCAGUUAAUGGAUGAUAAUCGGCAAUAUAAAUAUUUACAUCAUAGUCGAUCACAAUUACGUGGACGACAAUUUUGGUUUUACCAUCAUCAUCAUGAUGAUACAGAUCCUAGAAAAAUAAAUCCAAGUUUUUCUGACGCUUAUCAAUGGAUGGGAAAUUUUGAAAAUGAAAACAAUCCAGCUAAAUACGCUGCUCGUAUGGCUCUUUGUUUCACAAGUACGAUAGCAACUGUUCAGGUACCAGGAGAUAAAGUUCUUAUAGGAGAAGACAUCGAGAUCAAUGUCAAUGAUAGAACUUUAUUAUUUACAGAUGGCUGUGGAACAAUGUCCGUUGGUUUGAGAGAUAAAAUAAAAAAUAAACUCUGCAUUAGAGAUGAAUUCAGUGCUGUUCAAUUUCGUUACAAUGGCGCCAAAGGUGUUGUUAGUAUCAGUCCGGACAUCAAGAAAGGUUUUGAUUUAUUUAUUCGCCCUAGUAUGAACAAGUUCAAAAGUGCACAUCGCUGCUUUGAAAAAUGCAAAAUAUCGGCUCCUCGAACGACCUAUCUUAAUCGUCAAGCUAUCCUACUUUUAUCUUAUCGAAAAAUAUCGGAUUGUUCAUUUCUUAUACUUCAACAACAAAAUCAUCUUAUACUUAUACGUUGUCUCUUGCGAAAUUCUGAUGCUGAAAAAUUAAUUAUUGAAAAAAUUCCCCGUUGGUUUUUGCCGGCCGAUAUACACAUCGCAAAUAUUGAUUAUAUUCAUGAACCAUUUUUUCGACAAUUAAUCAUCAAUGGAUGUUUACAAUCAACGCGAGAUUUACUUCAACGAACACGUAUUCGAAUUCCGCCAAAUAAAGGUCGCAACAUGUUUGGUAUUGUUGACGAAUAUAAAGUUCUUAAAGCAGACGAAGUAUUUAUUCAAUACACAAUCUUAUACGAAGUUAGAAAUAAUCAGAAGAGGAGAACCGAAAUUCUUGAUCAAUGUAAAGUUGUGAUUACGAAAAAUCCUUGCCAUCACCCAGGUGACAUUCGCACAUUUACUGCGGUUAAUUAUCCACAAUUGAGACAUCUAAAAGAUGUGGUGGUUUUUUCACAGCAAGGCGAUCGUCCAGCUCCGCAUGAUAUCAGCGGGUCGGAUUUAGAUGGGGAUGAAUAUUUAGUUCUCUGGCAUGAAGAUCUUGUUCCAAACGAAACUGAGAAUGCACAGCCUUAUGAUUAUGAUGCGCUGAUACCGAAUCAAUCUUUGAAUCGACCUGUCGAAAGAGAUGAUAUCAAUGAAGCCAUACUUCGAAUAGCAGAACAAGAUGCAUUAGGACGACUAUCUAAAUUACAUUUAGCAUUUGCUGACAAAUUCGGUGUUGACAAUGCCGAAAGACCAGCAGAAGGUAUUCUAUCAACUAUUGAAUUAGCUGGUGCAAUUAGUCAAGAAGUUGAUAGUGGUACAACUGGUCACCAUCCAUUGAGCGAAGAUCAAAUUCUAAAAUUGAAUGAUGUGCUAAAUAAUGAACGACCAGAUUUUAUGGAUAAUUCUUCUUUCAAACAAUAUCAAUCACCGAAUAUUCUCGGAAAAUUAUUCCGCGCUUCGAAAAAAACAUUACGCGGGUGGAAUCAACUUCUUCGAUAUUAUCGCCAUCUACGACAUUUACAAGUUCAAACACAAAAUGAACCGAUCGAAGGCACAGACGACGAGGAAGCUCGUUUGAAUGACGAAGAAACGAAGAUUGAAGUUGACCAAUCUCUUCUCGCUGGCACUCAUCGACAACAUCCUGCAUAUGAAGCGUGUGCUGAAUUUGCUAAUAAAUUAGUUUCAGUUUAUCGACAAGAAAUUUUUGAGAUUCUUAAUCUAUAUGGUUUGUCACAUGAAAGUGAUUUAUGGUGUCGAAAUUCUAUUAAUGGCGUUACUGGAGAACUUGAAGAUACCGCUUAUACAGAAUUUGAACAACUUGUAAAACGUACAAGAACUCGUUUUUUCAAUGAACAAAUUAUUUAUUGUGAGACUGGAAGAUGUAAUGAAGAUACACCAAUGGUUGAGUUGUGCAAUACGUGUAGACAACGAAAGCGAGCACUGACUAUUGCUUGUUAUGAUGCUUGCUAUGGCGGAGAGUACACAAAAGAACAAAUGCCGAUUUUAAGUUUACCAUGGCUAUUUGCUGAAUCUCUUUUACAAGAUCGCCUACAAGAAGAACCACCCAUAUCGGACGAUUUACUGAGUAUGGCAAUGAAAAAAGCUCUUGAUAUUAUAAUUUACAAGAAACGUCGACUUCAAUUGUACGAAGGGCCCCUAAAAUUUCAUAUACCGAACGAAUGUCUUCCUGGUGAGGCUAAUAUUGAUUUGACUGCUUGUGCCUUUAUUGAAAUACUCGAGCAAUGUAUUGGAUUCAAAGAGCAUCAAUGUUGGCCUUGGAUAGUUAGUCGUUUUAUACGAAAUACACCAUCAUUUACCUUAGUAUCAGAACAAUUGACACCAUGUGACGAAUGGAAAUUAAUCUUACAACAUCAUAGAAUAAAGGAUGGUGAUAUUUACGCUGCUCAGCUCAUAAGUAUCGAGUGGAACGAAACCACAGAUCACGCAAUGUACGAGUAUUUUGACAAUAUUCUUGAUAUCUGUUUUGAAGCUGCCAGAAAAUACAACGAUAUAGGCUAUCUCGAUGUUAGCGAAUAUAUUAUAUUAUUAUUACAAAAAAUGGCUAUCAAUGAAACAAUUAUCUAG